AUGUCAAUCUUCGAAUGGCUGCUUUGCCUAAUGGCAAUGUCGGCACAUAUAGUGACGACUACUGGCCGUGCAGUCUUUGCCCACUACAUGGUCGGCAACAUCACAACCGAUCAUGUUCAUCAAGACGUGGACGAUGCCGUUGCUAUGGGUCUUGAUGGAUAUGCUCUGAACGUCCAAUGCCCAACGGAUAGCUGGGCUAAUAAUCUUGUUCUAGAGAUGGGCAACUAUAUCAGAAACCAGCACUACGACUUCGGUAUCUUCAUCAGUAUGGAUGUGUACGCAUCCGGGGGCCCCUCAUGUGGUCAGGGCCCUGCAGGCUAUGUCGAUCUGUGUGUCAAUGCUAUGGGUUAUGAUGCAUACUACAAGGUGAAUGACAAAUACAUGGUGAGUACUUAUAGCUUCGGUGGAGGCACAUGGGACACUUGGAGCGCCUUCAAGUUAUCCGUGAAGAACAGUGGCGACUAUGAUGUCUAUUGGAUUCCCGAUCUCGGCGACACCGAGGGUUAUUGGUCGAGUGACGCUGGCUGGUGGUAUUACUGGGGAAACCUCACCGACGGGCUGUUCAGUUGGGAAUCCGCAUGGCCAGCGUUGGGUCAAGACGCCGCCGACCAGAGCGGAGGCGUUGGAGGAGUGGCUCGCGACCAGGUGAUCAUCGAUAAGGCAGCUGAGACUGAGGGCGCCUCCUACAUGAUUCGCGGCCCUGAGCUUGAUGCAUACUCGGCCAAUGUUUAUCGCCAAGGAGAGACAAAUUUCAUGCAACGACUUCAUGAUAUUCUGGAAAUUGAGAGUGAUGCGCUCGAGUUUGUGGAAUAUAUCACCUGGAAUGGAGAAGAUGCGGUGGGUGCCAUCUGGUACCACACGCUUGCUCUUGACGAUACCUGCCCUUUCGAAGGAAUUGGAGAAUACACGUUUUGGGAUAAACCAGCGGGUUACCAAACAUUUUCGCUAACCACACACUGGGCCGUUGUCCUCGAUGAUACAGUUGGAGGAUACGCUCCUAGCGACUUAGAGCUCAUGAUCACUACAGCAACUGAUGACCAAGUUGUGGUGACCGACUUAAGUGCCGGACUGAACUUUGCUCAGGGGCCGAAUAUCAAUGCUGGGUACUCGGUCUCCAUGGUACUUGCCCCCAAAACAGGUACAACGGUUUUAUAUUCCGCAUCAGGAGGGAAAUGUCCCGCUUCCAGCUGCACGGAAGGUUUCUACAACCUCGACUAUCAGAUUCUGCCUUUAGUCCCGGGUGAUGGCGGCAGCGGUUGCACUUACGAAGAGACUGUGUUGCGGUAUACGCCUCUGAAUACCACCGCGGAUGACACCAUCGAUUGCAAGGGUCUGUUGACAUUGACCGACACGGCAGUCACUUCAUGGGAAGUCAGUCAGGCUGGCUUGGCCGUGGAAUUCGAGACGACGCGUCAUGCGUUAUCAACUAGCCAUGGCGUCACUGGUUGUUCAGAUAUCACCAAUGAUAACGCUUGCAAAUUACCCGAUACCUGCCCGGUCUCAAACGACCAAGUUCCAUACUUCUUUGCUCAGCGGGCCUUUUCUAUCUUCCAGCGAUGUCUGCGCGAGAUGUCUACGUCUGUAUUUGAGGAUGGCUUUAUUACGUCUCUAGGGAUCAAUGAUAUGGUUGAUGAUGUUACCACCUAUUUAACACCCAAGAGCGACGAAGCAGAUCUGGUCAAGAUCAUGGGUGCCAUGGCCGCAGGGGUCACUAUUCUCAGUGGCGGUCUCGGCCCAAUCAGUACCUUUGCCAGUUCUCUCUCAGCGCUUUUGGGCGGAGUAUUCAGCAUGAUCUCCGUCUUAGACAGCCCCAGCGACCCAGCCGAUAGCAAUGCUUUCUUAGCCGAGCCGGGCACUGCUCUCUCAGAUCGUCUCUCCGUGGUGGUCCAGCAGUACAACACGAGCUUGGUCAAUCUGGCUCAAGCCGUUUUCGAGACAGGUGAUCUGUCUUCUUUUCCGGACUACGCACUCGACACCUCGGCCGAUCUAUAUGGGAAAUAUUCUACCACCGACAUGGCUAAAUUCUUCGCCGGGGGUCGAUUCGCAGACCCUGAUAUGGCAUGCGGCAAUGUUUCCACUGGUCUCAUGGCCGCGAUGCAACAGUCACUCGUGGGAUACAUGCUAGCCAGCUCCAAUGUCUACAUCAUCCCGAACGGCGAUUCGAUCGACAACUGCCCCGGCAGUCGAGGCACUGUGCUGAAUCUCGAUUCCGCGGGGUCGGUUUGCUACACCCUCGAGCAACCCGGGUUAGGUUCCUACUACGCGGACCUCUCCGACCCCCUCUCGGCGGAUUCCUUCGACGUCCUGUAUGAUAAGUAUAAGAUCAACCUCCCGGCUCUGGUCAGUAGCUCGCUCCAGUGCCAGACCGCGCAAGGCUACAACGGGGCCUACAGUCCUUCCACGAGCAUCAUCCCGGGCUCGGGGUACGCGAUCGACAAUCUGCCACCAUGCUUCUUCAACCUUCCUGUACUCUACACGGAUUACACGGUGAAAACCACCGCUGAACUGGUGACAAUCUCGGGCACGCCGUGCCAGCUCCGCGAGGGGACUGAGGCUGAUGGAGCCGGCUACUAUCUUCUGCCGAGUCUGGCCAAGGUGUUCACCGCCCACUUUUGCCUCCACAAGCCAGGCCACUGA